GUCAGUAGAAGCGUAGCUGUCAGUAGAUUUUGUUAUUUACACUCUCCCCUGACUAACAAUUACCAAAUAAUAAAGCUUUCACCGCUUUCACUCAAUACUUCAUCUACCAAACAUUCCCCACAUUCACUCGCUCACAAAUCCCAGUAUUUUUGUUCAACAUUGACCUCGAUCAGGGGAAUAUAGGGCACAGCUAUCAUAACCCUCGCCCUGUCCUGCCCCGUAAUGACGUUGCUCAAUUAUGAGAAUAGAUUCUCGUGAUAGUUGAUACCCCAGGUGCUGUGAUAAUGCCAGUAACUAAGUGACAAUUAAUCGACAAUCAUGUCCUUUCUCAAGUUGAUUCUGGACAGUGCUCUCGUAUGGAUCUAUACCGAGACCAUUUGGUUUGUUCUCAUAUCAACAUUAUUCUAUUUGUCGUUACCCUGGAUAUUCUGGGGUACAUUGGCCAUUCUCGUUGCACUGUGGUUCGUCAAGAAUGUCCCUGUGAACGAGAAAACGGUUCAUCAAGUAUUGGGAGUUGAUCCGUUUAACGUUGAGGAUGGUAAUGGUCAUGGGGGAGAGUAUUGCAUGAGGGUAGUCGCACAUCGGGGUGGAGGAUACGAUUAUCCGGAGAACAGCCUGUCAGCUUUUCGUAAUAGUAAAGAAAAGGGCUGCACUGCUGUCGAAUUCGACCUAACAUUCACCAAAGACCACAUUCCAAUUAUCUUCCACGAUGAAACCGUGGAGAGACUCACUGGGAGGCCGGGGGUCGUCAAAGAGAUGACUUGGGAAGAGUUGAAGCAACUCGAUAUCACGUUCAACCACCCAUUGAAGGAAAAGUUCAAUGGGGGGGAGAGGAUAGCUCUGUUCAGCGACACAAUCGAGCAGUGUCUGAAUCAUGACCUCAGAGUGUUCAUUGAUAUUAAGGAAACGAGCCUUGAUAUUGUCUCGGUGAUCUUGGAGACUUAUAAAAAGCAUCCGGAGUUGUACAGAAAGGCUGUCGUCACCAGUUUUUAUCCAUUUAUUGUCUAUAUGAUAAGAAGAAAAGAUUCGAACAUUGUAGGGAGUCUCUCCUACAGACCGAGAGUAUUCUCCACAGUUUCCUAUUCAGGACUGAAUGAUUCAGGACCCGCAAGAUAUUCGAAUCCAAUUCAGCACUCAACUGCUCGAAUCCUAGACGCAUUGCACGACUGGGCAUUGACAAGAUUCACGUAUUAUGUCAUUGGUAUCUCUGUCAUCCUGUUACAUAAAGACAUCAUAAGUCCAAAAACUAUUGGAGAAUGGCGCAGAAGGGGGAUUCGUGUAAUAGCCUGGAGUGUGAAUUUACCAUCUGAGAAGCUUCAUUUCUCAAAAACCCUGAAGAUUGCGUACUUGACUGACACGCUCCUAGCCGAGAGAAUAACAUGAGAAUGUCAAUAAAGGCAAAUUUCGUAUUUUGUCAUACUGUACGACUCUAUCAAUUAAGAAAACGCGCAAUAGCACAUUUUUGUAUUAUCGCAGUAUUACGAGUACCUUGAAUCGAUUUUACUCAACGACAAUUGGAAUAACAUCUAGUCUAGCUUCUCAAUUCCAUAAUUUAUCGAUAAACUUGAAAGAGAAAAUUUUUAUUUACAAGAAAAAUGUAUUUCGCGGCAGCUCAUCAAUUUCUAUCUUUUAAAUCUCCAUUAUUGAGUUGAAUGUUUAUUUUAAGCCUGAUGAGAAUAAAGAAAAUAAUAACUACA